UUUCGCUUCCUAUUCAGGCAUUCUUUUGGCCGACUGUUUGCUAGUGUGAAAGAAGGACCUCUGUCAGAUGUUUAUUUUCAUGUCUCAUCGUUAAAUCUUUGCGUCACACGACUCAAGUUGAGAUAUUUAAUCAUAGUCAUUUUUGACGGCUAGUUAGAAAUAUAUGUUGGCUUAAAUACUCGAGGGUUCAUAGAAAUUUCGAUUAGGUUGUGUUCUUUGCUCUACAUUAUUAAGUAACUGUAGAAACACACAUCACUAAAUUCAAAGACGAAUAUAUAACGUUAUAUAUAUAAAUACCUAUAUAUGAAUACUGAUAGCAUUUAGGGUGGCGGCAUCCUUACUAGCCAGAGGUGUUUGAUAGGUUUGGGAAUAACCAAGGAUGGCAGACGAAGCCCUUUUUCAGUUUUUACACAAUGAGGUGAUACAGUAUAUAUACAAAUCAUCUGAACAUGGGGAAAUGGAAAAUGGGAGAUGUAUUACCAAACUGGAAAAUAUGGGAUUCCGGGUGGGUCAGGGACUAAUAGAAAGGUUCACCAAAGACACAGCACGGUUUAAAGAUGAGCUUGAUGUCAUGAAAUUCAUAUGCAAAGACUUCUGGACCUGUGUCUUCAAAAAGCAAAUUGACAACCUAAGAACAAACCACCAAGGUAUUUAUGUCCUGCAGGAUAACAAGUUCCGGUUACUCACUCAGCUCUCUGCCGGUAAACAGUAUUUGGAGCAUGCCCCAAAGUAUUUGGCGUUCACAUGUGGCCUGGUUAGAGGAGGGCUUUCCAACCUGGGAGUGAAGAGUAUUGUCACAGCAGAGGUGUCCGUUAUGCCUGCCUGUAAAUUUCAGGUCAUGAUCCAGAAAAUGUAGCACCCUCCGAAGGAAGGCGUAUUCACUCCAACGCCACCCAUCCCAGUUGUAUUGACUUUCUUUAUUGAACAAAAGCUUGAAAUGUCCUGCAUGCAGACAUCAGUGUUGUGCCUACAUAUCAUUGUUUUUAUCAAAUGUAUUUGUACUAUUGUUAGUUAUUAUUGUUGAUUACGAUUAAUGAAUGCAUUAUUGUAACAUGCACAUGAAUCAUGUUUUUUCUUUACAUCUGAAAAAUAUUAUUUGCACUGAGUGUUGAUUAAAGACCUAAGUCUAUUUCAA